AUGCUGAAUAAACCGACUUUAAGCCAUCACUUAUUCCACUAUUUAAUUAAAAAAACCCCCUCUUCAAGUCAAUAACCGAUAGCAAAUUUCCAAUUUCUUUUGUUUUUUUUUUGUUUUUUUUUUCACUAUUAUUUAAACGGCGAUGACGAUGAAGAUGACAAUCGCUUACGUUUACUGUUCUCACUGUCUCCACUAUUCCAAAGCAGCCAUUGAAGCUAACUUCUUUUCUUGUUCUAGUUGUGGAAAAUUGGUGAACGAGGUCAAUGUAAAGGGAAAUCCAGAUUCGGUUGUAAAGAAGAAAUCCAAAUUUCCAAGGUUUAAAAGAACCAAAAAGAACUCCAUGAAAAUUAAAGACACUAUUCCGAUCACCGUUCACCAGAUCCUUCUAGGCAACGACCGACAUCAAUCAGUUCAUCCACUCUUACUAUUCAUCUCGAUACAAUUGAUACUAUUUUGUUCUUAUAUUAUGCUUGAAUGUUUAUUUUGAUAUUUGAGUUUAUUUUUCUGUUUCGUACAA